CUCUAACUGAACAUUUAGAUUUCCACCUGAAAGGUGAUAGUUCGAGGACAGGUACGACAUACAUUACAAGUUCCCAUGGCAAAGAAAGUUUUGAUAACUGGUGCAUCUGGUCUCUUGGGAAGGGCUGUAUACAAGGAAUUUCUUACUGAUGCAUCAUGGGAAGUGUUAGGGCUGGCAUUCUCCAGAGCAAGUGGAAAUCUGCGCAAAGUAGACAUAACAUCAAGUGAGGAAUUAACUAAAGUCUUUGAUGAUUUUAAGCCACAGAUAGUAAUACACUGUGCUGCCGAGCGUAAACCAGAUGUUGUGGAAAAACAACCAGAUGCCACACGGCAACUUAACAUUGAUGCAACUAGAAGAAUUUGUGAGUUAGCAGGGAAUAUUGGCGCAUGGGUAUUGUACAUAAGUACAGACUAUGUGUUUGAUGGGAAGAAUCCUCCGUACAAUGAGGAUGCCUCUACCAAUCCCCUCAACAAAUAUGGGAUCAGUAAACGGGAUGGUGAACUGGUCACUCUGGAGGUCUCCAAAGAUUAUAGUGUGCUUAGAGUACCUAUUCUAUAUGGAGAUGUGCAGGACCUCAGUGAGAGUGCCGUCACUUGUCUGUUUGAUAAGGUCAAGGACACAGGAAAUAGAUGUGUAAUGAAUGACUAUGAGAGGAGAUAUCCUACACAUUGUGCUGACAUUGGGGUUGUCAUCAGACAGUUGUCUGACAAGAAACUACAGGAUGCCAGUAGUAUAGGAGGGAUAUAUCAUUGGAGUGGCGAUGAAAACAUGACCAAAUAUGACAUGGCCAUUACUAUGGCAACAGCUCUUGGGAUUUCAACCAGUCACAUUGAGGCUGACAAAAAUCCUUCAGUUGGAGCAACAAGACCAUAUAAUGCACAUAUUGGAUGUAACAGAGUUGAGAGUUUAGGUUUUGGAAGAAGAACUCCUUUUAAGGAUGGGAUAGUUCCAGUGUUGUCUCCCUUCGUUGGAAAAUGAUGACUUCCAAACACUGUUGUAAAAUAUAUUCAGAUCAAAUAGGAAAAAAUGUUCAGACAAAAUGAAAGAAGAGGGAGAUGAUACUAACAUAUUGUUACCUUUUGUGUUCCUUUUAACAUUUCAAUUAUUUUGUAAAGUGCAAAAAAGUGCUGUGGAAAAAGGUUUUUUUAUCUUUUUUUUCUUCAUUAAUAGGAAAUCUGAUAAACCAGUUUUAAGGUAAAGUCAGCAUCAAUUAAUUUACAAUAUCUAAUUUUUCAGAUACAUUUAUAUAUAGGUUUUAGGUAUCCAGUAAUAUAUGUUUGUAGUGAAGAUUUAGAUAUUCUGUGGAAGUUGGUAAUUUACAUCUGAUCAGCUGGCUCUAUAUUAUGUACAGCAUUGUACACGUUACAAUGUAACAAUGUUUCCCGUUGUUUAUAUUACAUAUCAUGUGUAUAAUAUUGGUGAAGGCAAUUGUAUUGUUGGUUGAACAAAUCCCUGUCUUAUCAUUAAUAAAAUGUAUUAAAUCUUUA